AUGGGCUGUGGAAGCACUGAUCUGCUUCCAUGCUGUAGGUAUUACAGCGCCAAUCCGAGGUCUUGCUUGGCAAAACGACGUGAGAAAACUGCUAGGACGUGCUCCGAAUGUCCGCCAAGGGCCCAACCGACUGGAAGUGCGGUCCAACAGAACGAAGUGCUGCCCAACUCUCUUAGUCCUCUUAGUCAAACUUUCCUCUCUGAUGAAAAACAACAGAAAACAGAACGAGUGCCAGUGACACCAAGGGAUAUGGCAGGCGCGAUUGGAACCGCCGCGAGCGUUGUCGGCCUUGUCGGUGCACUGCUGAAAACCGUUCAUGAGAUUCGAAAAGCCCGCGAGCAUGUGAAGAACCCGCCAAAAAGACUCGAUGAUAUCUCAUCGACGCUCGAAACCAUCUCGAGAUAUUUGAAAGCAAUCGUGGAGGAGCUCCAUCAGCUUUUCAAAAGGCUGCAGGAGAAGAUCCAGAGACGCAAGUUUCCGAGGUUUACGAAAGCCUUGGUGACACAAGAUGCGGAUGAGACUGAGGCGGCUUACAUUUCGAACCGAUUAGCCAAUGCCACAGCGGAGCUAGGCACUCGAAUUAACGUCGCAGUCAAGCUUCUUGAGGGCAUCAACUCAAAGGUGCACCAGGACACGAACUUGUCGGACUUCACUGACCCCGAGUUCCUCUCCAACCUGUCUUCCGUCCAUUCCAGUAUAGACGCAGCAUAUUUCCGCCACUUUUACCAGACCUCGGCCAAACCUUUUGAUUGUGGAGAACUUGUCAGGAAUCUGAAGGAUCGAAAAGGAAAGCCAUUUGUGUUCGUUGACCAUGAGACUGGACUGGGCCAUUCCAUGUUCACAUUCUCGAUUACACUAGAAGCGAUCCAAGACCACUCGUCACAACGUGAAAAUCCGAAAACCUGUACGAAAUGGGUCUUGACGGGGAAACUUUCAGAUUCCUUACGGGAGCGACUCAGUGGUUUAGGAAGAGAAGCAGAUACCACUGAAAUUCUCCUGAAAGCCAGUGAUGUCGCAGCAGCUUUCGGACUCCAAGAAGCCAUCCCGAGAAUAAUAAAGACAGCAGCAGUGUGGGGAAAUUUUAUGGAACAUGGCGUGACGGCUCAAGCACAUUUUGUCAACAACGACUUGUCGUGGUUUCGCUAUUGCAAGCCAGCACAGUCAUGGUGCGCAAGGCCAACAGACAGUCGACAUGAUUCAAGAAUGCUAUGGCUUCGGAAAGGCCCCCAUUCAUCCUUAGCAUCAAAUGCUGUUGGAUUUGAAGUUGCUUCAGGCAUGCUCCUCGACAAGGAAGAGUUACCGAUUGUGGCGUAUUUCUCCUUUGCGACCUUCGAGGCUGGCGCAAAUCAGUCCCCAACAUCUCGUCAAGACUUCCAUGAGCAAACAUUUCAAGCGCAAGUUGCUUGGUGCAUCGUCGCUCAGCUCCUCCGCCGGCAAUAUGGGCCCGAGUCUUCACUCGCUGAGACUCUUUUGCGGCUUCCUCCAAUGGCAAGAGAGACUCUUAUUUCAACCUGCUCAGCAAUCGGGGAGUCGAAGUAUCCCUUCAAGCCUACUCCUGAUGGCAAUGAUCCUGCUUCGCCAUUAGGUCUCACUUGGAGCCAUCUAUCAGAGGUUACUACUGUCAUGAGCGCUUAUCUCGAGGAUAUUACGCAAGAUGGAAAAUGUGUUGUGCUGGUUCUUGACGGUCUAGAGCAUCAAUAUCAAAGUGCUUGCGCGAAGCUAGUCACUUGGAUCGACAAGCUUGGCCAUGGAGUCAGAGCCCUCCUUUGUAUUGAUGACACCCGUGAAUUCACCACCGGCGGCCAACCGAGGUGGUCAGAGGUCACGUCGAAUGCUCCCAUUGUGGACAAAACUACGGAGUGGCGAGAGUGCAUUGAAAGCCUGAAGUUCGAUGACAUGCAUCAAAGGCGAGAUCAAAUCGCAGAUCCGCUGCCUGCCAUCAACCAGUGGCUCUGGGAGACUGAAGAGUUCCAACAGUGGGAAUCUUCUGGCAAGAUCUUGUGGAUAAUGGGCAGAGCGGGAAGCGGCAAGUCGGUUCUAGCGAAGAACAUCCAACAAAAUUUUCAAAGAAAGGUUUCAAACGGCGAUCUCAGUGGCGAUCUCCUCGUUUGUGACUGGUUCUACUCAGCCCGAGGGCCUACCUUUGGCGCAAAAGAUGCUUCAAUGCUUCGCGCCCUGACUCUCAGCAUCCUCAGCUCAGACAAGAAAACGGUUGAGCCUGCAAGAGCUGUCUAUCGCGCACGAUUUGAUGCUGGGCGACAGGACCACGACUGGUUGCUGUCGGAGCUGUCAGAUCUUUUCACAGCACUCGCGCUCAGUCCUUCAACGCCUCGAACACUCGCAGUGGUAGACGCGUUGGACGAGUCGGAGAGCGUGACGGAGUCAUCAAGUCUGAAGUCGACGCAUGAAAAUUUCGACUUGCUUGAAAUGUUCACAGAAAUUGGCGGUUCUCAAAACAGCCGCGUCCGCUUCGUCUUGCUAAGCAGGCCUGAGUUUGUCAUCUCCAAAACCCUCAGUAACUGCCCGCAGAUCAGAAUGGAGCAAUACAAUGACCUGGAUAUUUCCAUCGUGAUUGAGGGCGGUAUCGAGAAACUUCGCAUGGCCUGGCGGGGUGCCCCUGACACCGGCCCGACGAAUUUCUCCAAGGACUCAAACGCAUCAACUAACGCACAUUCCCGUGAGAAUCCGUCUUCCAAUAAUGAUCUCGAGACACAGGAGAAAAAACUGGGCGAAAUACGCGCGCACUUGGAAACUCACGCAAAAGGUGUGAUACUCUGGGUCAUCCGGAUUAUUCAACAACUUUUGCUCUUAAUCGAAAAUGAGAUAGGGUUUUCAACCCAGAAUCUGAUGGACUCACUUAUUGCAUCACCGCCCGAGGUUGAAGAACUCUACAUCAAGUUCCUCGAGAGUCUUAGAGGUUCCAGGUCGACCAAAGAACUAGCAAAGACCAAGAUAAUUUUGGAAUGGAUCGUCGGGUCUCAGAGGAGGGCAUCCCUACGAUUAAUAGAGCUACGGGAAAUACUUGCGAUAUCCAACCAGCUGGAGAUGGGUAAACAUGAAGAAUUCAGUCACGAUUCCUUGGAUCCACACAGGAUGAUACUGUACUGUGGUCCGUUUAUUGAGAUUUUGGAUGAUCAGCAAAGGUUCAGACUGGACUCACGGCAUGAGAUCGGCGACGCGAAACAAGAUUGGACGAUUCAGCUGUCUCAUCAAACAGUCAAUUCGUUCUUACAGACUCCAAGCCGCAGUGGAGAAUUUCACAUUGACCCAGCAAGCGCCGAAGGAAUGGUCACAACCCAAACCUGCCGUUACCUUGGCAUCCGGGCCUCAUCACCUGGGCAAAUGUGCUAUCAAAUCACUGCAGAAGGUGAGGGGGACCCAAUUCUGGCGCUGAAAGUGGCCUUGGCACCUUUGCUUCGAAAUUCGUCCUUGCUAGCCACUAAGCAAUACGCAGAGUCAACGAAGCGGCCGUUUGCGAAGUUUGCCCUAGAUGUCAUCCUGAAGUCUUGUCCAGAUAACGAGGCCAUUUUUGGAACACUGAUGACAGCUGAUUCAGAGGGCUUGGCAUCCAGAGACUGGGUAGCUGUUCGAUGGCUCACAGACAUGUGUUUUACCCCAACCUUUCCGGGUACGAUCCUGGAACCGUUCAUCUUCUUCUGCUGCGUACACGGGCAAACGGAAGCUUUGAAGACUUUCUCAACACUGAAGGAUGAAUGCUCUGGAGAGUACGAAACAAGACUCAUGGCGAAUGGAAGAAGCUAUCAAAUCAUCUGCGGCGCCGUCGAGGCUUUCAUCAAAGUUCGAGAAGAUAAUGACACUUGUCUCGCCGCCAGAACAUUGGAGACAUUGCAUACUCUCUGA